AUGCCGAAGCUAGCGAUGAAACUGCAGGAAGCCGUUAACAACAGGAAGGUGAUUUAUGGGCUGCGUGAUGCAUUUGAGAAGUACUGCGAUAGUUUCGAUGAGAGAUGUGAUUCUGGUGAAGUUGGUGUACGUUUGCAGAGUCUGGAGAAAUUGAAGAAGGAUUUCGAUAUAAUACAGAGGCAAAUCGAUCAAAUGGAUGCGGAAAACUUGGACGAACAUAUUGCACAACGGGUUACCUUCGAAUCCAGUUUCUUCAAGAUCAAAGGUUUUCUGCUAUCCAAGCUUCCGAGCCAAAUAAACCAAUCACCUUUGAUGAACAGUACCAUGUUCCAAAACCCAUCUUCGGUUUCCGGUUUUCACCUUCGUCUACCUCAAAUUGACUUACCAAAAUUUGACGGUGAUUUUUCUAAAUGGCUAUCUUUUCGAGAUACGUUUUCAUCGAUGGUGCACCUGAACCCUGAGAUCCCAACGGUAGCUAAGUUGCAAUAUUUGCUUCAAUCCUGGCAAGGAGAUGCAAGAAAACCAUUCGAGACAGUAGACGUUUUGGCGGAUAAUUACGAAUCGACAUGGGAUGCAAUAAUAAAACGUUUCGACAAUCGUAGAUUUUUGAAACGGCAGUUAUUUCGAGCAAUAUACGACCUUCAGCCAAUCAAGAAGGAGUGUCCCCAAGAACUUAACAGUUUAGCUGGAAAUUUCGAACGACAUGUAAAGGCUUUGGCGAAACUGGGUGAGCCUGUUGAGUUUUGGGAUACUCCCUUAGUGAAUCUCUUUUCCUAUAAGUUGGAUCCGGUUACCUUACGAGCGUGGGAGGAAAAGACAAGCGAGCAAGAAGAAGUUAAGUUCGAUGAGAUGAUGGCAUUCAUUUACCAACGAGUCAGAGUUUUGAAUUCUGUGUUACCAGAGAACCAGCAAGGGAUCAAGGUGGCCGGUAAUAAACCCUUUAGAAGAUUGGCGGUAGCAGUCGCAGCGAAACCUGGAUCAAUUCUUGACACCAACAAUCCCUUUCCAUUGUGUGUUGUAUGCCCCGAAAGACAUUACCUCUACAAGUGUCCAACUUUCGAAAGAAUGUCCGUUCGUCAACGUCGAGAACUUAUUUCUCAGAAGCGUCUAUGUUGGAAUUGCUUCCGUUCCGGACACAUGGCUCGUAACUGUGCAUCGAAAUUUACGUGUCGACAUUGUCGAGAGCACCACCACAGUAUGCUGCAUGAAGAUCUAUCUCAACCAAACAGAUUACCCCCGCAACCUAUCCCUGAAGAAUCCAUUCCUUCAACGUCCACCCCUUCAACAUCCACCCCUUCAACAUCCACCCCUUCAACGUCCAACCCCCAAGUUAGUUUAUCCGUUCAGUCCACGAAUAGUACAGUGUUGUUGGAAACAGUUUCUCUCGUCGUAAUAGAUGGAUUUGGUCGAAAAGUUCCUGCUCGAGCUCUCUUAGAUUCGGCAUCGAUGUGCAACUUCAUGACUAAGAGACUGGCCAACACACUAAAUUUACGCCGAAGGAAAGUAGAUGUUGCAGUUUCGGGAAUUGGUGAUUCUAUGAAGCAAAUAAAGUGCAAAUUAACUGCAACUAUCCGCUCCAAUACUAGUCCGUUUGAAUCCCCAUUAGAAUUUCUCAUAUUAAAGAAACCUACUGUCAGUCUACCAACGGCACCAGUUGACAUUGCCAAGUGGGAACUACCUGAUGUUAUUCUUGCGGAUCCACUUUUCCAUAUACCCAAUGAUGUUGAUCUUAUCGUCGGUGGAGAAAUGUUUUACGAAAUUCACACCGGCCGCAAAAUUCAAUUGAGUGAUAAUCCACUCUUUGUCAUCGAAACUGCGUUUGGGUGGACUGUUUCUGGGAAGGCCCCUGUUCAAAGCGAAGUUACGCCUCAUGUAUGCCAUCUAACCACUGUUGAUCGCAACUUGGAACGAGCAUUGCAGAAGUUUUGGGAACUGGAGUCCGUUCCUGAGUGUUCUAAGUUAACGCCUGAAGAAGAACAGUGUGAGAAAAAGUAUUGUGCAACCACCACCCGCGACUCGUCUGGUCGUUAUACAGUUCGCUUGCCACUCACCCGCGAUCCACUCGUUUGUCUUGGGGAAUCUCGGUCUAUUGCUGAACGUCGUUUUUUAAACCUGGAAAAGAGACUUGAUCGUGAUCCUGGCACCAGAGAAGCCUAUUAUCAGUUUAUGGACGAUUACAUCCGUCUACAGCAUAUGAUCAAACUUGAGACAGUUGAUGAUUCCGUUCCCCACUGCUACUUACCUCACCACCCAGUUUUUAAAGACACAAGUACCACCACAAAGGUUCGCGUUGUCUUUGAUGCAUCGUGUAAGACAACAUCUGGAUUUUCAAUCAACGAUCUUCAGCUUGUGGGACCAGUCAUACAAGAUGAUCUGCUCUCCAUUGUUUUGCGUUUCCGGAAACAUCCAAUCGCUAUGGUAGCGGAUAUAGAGAAGAUGUACAGGCAGAUCCAAUUGCACCCUGACGAUUGUCCAUACCAAAGGAUUCUUUGGCGUCAGCAUGCCGAAGACCAAAUAGCAACAUACGAGCUACAAACCGUUACGUAUGGACUAGCCUCAGCACCCUUUCUAGCGACUCGCACACUCAAACAAGCCGCCAUCGAUGAGGAGGCCAGAUAUCCCAUAGCAGCUGUUGUUUUUCGUGAGGAUUUUUAUAUGGAUGACUGCCUUACAGGUAGUCAGUCAAUCACAGAAGCAGUUCGUCUACGGGAGGAAGCAACUGCCCUAAGUGUAGCUGCGGGAUUUCCACUUAAAAAGUGGGCAUCAAAUGUACCGGAAGCCCUCGCAGGAGUUUCUGAAGAGGAUCUAGCUAUCAAUCCUAUCCACGAUCUUCAGGACAACCAAACUGUUUCUACAUUGGGCCUAGUAUGGGAAACAGUUACGGAUUUGCUUCGUUUUCGUGUUCAACUGCCUUCUCCGGAUCCUGUUCUGACAAAAAGGAAGAUUAUGUCCUACAUUGCUCAGAUUUUUGAUCCACUGGGACUGGUAGGACCCAUUAUCACCGUUGCCAAGCUCAUCAUGCAGAGUUUAUGGGCCUUAAAAACCGAGGGCGAUAAUGCGUAUGAGUGGGACCGACCGCUUCCGGAGUCCUUACAGGCUACAUGGAGACAGUUCCAUAGCACACUAUCCAUUAUCAGCAAGAUUCGAGUUCCGCGUUUUGUUUCACUUCCGAAGGCCAAUUCACUUCAGCUGCAUUUCUUUUCGGACGCCUCGGAAAAGGCCUAUGGAAGUUGCUGUUAUUUAAGAACAGAAUCAGCCGACUCUGUGCGUGUGCGCCUGUUGACGUCGAAGUCAAAGGUGGCACCACUAUCCAGUCAUCACACUAUCGCUCGCCUAGAAUUGUGUGGAGCAGUUCUUUCAACCAGCCUGUACGAGAAAGUUUCGCGUGCUCUCAAGAUCUCUGCCGAAACGUGUUUCCGCAACAAACCAACUCUUGUACAGCAGAGUAUGGCGGACUUGCCUGCUUCCCGGGUUGUGCAAGAUCGCCCAUUCGCUAUUUGUGGUGUCGACUAUUGUGGUCCUCUGUACCUGAAGUCUCCUAUUCGAAAUCGCGCCCCAACGAAGGCAUACCUGGCCAUAUUUGUUUGCUUUAUAACUCGGGCGGUUCAUCUUGAGUUAGUCUCUGACUUAUCCACGUCUGCGUUUGUUGCCGCCCUACGUCGUUUCGUUGCUCGACGCAGCAAGCCGAGAGAGAUCCAUAGUGACAACGGAACCCAAUUCAAAGGAACUUCAAAUGAACUGCGUCGUGUGUACGAGAUGCUCAAAACCAGUACUGCCGACCGAAAAAAAAUAUUCCAGUGGUGUUCUGAAUCCGAAAUCCAAUGGAAGUUUAUUCCACCACGGUCACCUCACUUUGGUGGACUUUGGGAGGCAGCCGUAAAGUCAGCAAAGCAUCACCUACUUCGAGAAAUCGGACACACCAACGUAUAUUAUGAAGACAUGCUCACGCUACUAGCUGAAAUAGAGAUGUGUUUAAAUUCGCGACCUCUCGUUGAAAUCCCUGUAGAAGUCAAGGAUCUAGAGGCUCUCACCCCUGGUCAUUUCCUGGUUGGCGAAAACAUGCAAGCUGUAGCCUGCAAGCCUCUUACCGAAGUCCCCGACAACCUGUUGUCUCACUGGGAUCUCACUCAAAAGAGAUUCCAGCGUAUUUGGUCUCGCUGGCAGCGAGAGUAUCUCCAACAGUUGCAGGCUAGAGCUGUUAAACCCAAACAAAAGGUUGAGAUCCAACCCGGCCGUUUAGUCAUCGUCAAGGAAGACCAACUCCCACCAAUUCAAUGGCCGCUCGGUCGUAUUACUGAAGUUGUUCCUGGAAGCGAUGGUGUUGAUGUUUGGUGCAUCGAUAGCACCGAGCAGCAACUUUCCAACAAACGCCGCCUUCAGGAAUUCACGUCGGUCAGCGAGGCUGUCCAGUUUAAACCAGGAACAUCGUUGCAGGUAUCGUGGCUGGGGCACCAGACGACAGCCGCUGAUUCAAGGUGCGAGCGCACUAAAGCACAAUAA